AUGUCCGCUACAAACCCCCCGCAGGAGCAGCAGCAGCAGCAGUCUGCUGCCUGCUGCGCCCCUGCUUCUGCCGCAGCAGCUGCUUGCAAGCGAUCUAGAGAGACAGCGGAGCUUCCAGCUUUAGGUUGUUCUUCUGAGGGCUGUGAGCAGACAGCCUCAGGAGGAGCCUUAGGACGUCCGCUGAAGCACUCUCGGCCGCAGGGGGGUGUUUCGUCGGGGGUGUCUGGUGGCGCUGUUUCCCGCGCUGCUGCUGCUGCUGCUACUGCAGCAGCAGCAGCAGCAGCUCCUUUUGCGGGUCUUGCUGCUGCUGCGAGUCGAGCGCAUGCGCAGGCAGGAACAGCUUCUUUUGCAGCAGCGACUCAGAAGACAGGGUAUGCUGCUGCACUUGAAGGGGGAAAAGGCCGCGCUGUCUUAGCCUUAAAAGCAGGUAACGAGGGUGCUGCUGCGGGACCGAAGGUGCUGCUGUCUCCUGCGGGUGAGUCUCCUGCUGCAUCCAGCGCAUGCAAGAAGGGUCUGCAGAACCUGAAGGAGACGAAGCUGCAGCUGCAGAGCCCGCUGCUGCCUUCUAAAACCGCUCAAGGCGAGGGGCCCCCCCGCAGGGGCCCCUCGGCGCUGCUGCUUCCAGAGGGGGGAGAGGGAAAGAAGCCCUUGCUGGAGGAGCCGUGGCGUCUAACGCAGCGUUGUCGUUUGUUUCUCUCUGAUGUAAGCUGCGCAUACAGCCGAGACUACGGGCAAGACAAUCAUCAUAACUCGCGUACAGCGCAGAGCAGCUAUUGUCAGGAGGCCUUCCGUGCAGAUAAAGCACACCCAGGAGAUUAUUUAAAAGGGAGCAGACGUUUAACUCCAGAGGCGAGGGAUUUGAUAAUGUGCAUCAUCAACAAGGUGGCUGUACAGCUGGCGGAGCAGGGUUCUGCUGCAGGGCCCCAUAGCAAGCCUCAAGACUCUCUAGACCCGCGUGCUGCUGCUGUUGUAGGCGUUGCUUGCCAACUGUUUGAUAGAAUAAUGGCUGUGAUACAUAGAGCAGAUGUUGUGUACGGUGCGAGUGCAGAGAGGAAGCAGCACCCUUUACGGGGUCUCUCUGGGCGAGGGGGAUUGAGCCCUUUGCUGCUGAACCAGCUAAUAGCUAUCACUUGUUUAGGGUUUGCAGAUCGUUUAGAGGCAAUAACUUCUACAGAUUAUGCUGCUAUUCUCGAGGCGUGGAGACAGAAUACUGCGGGUAUGCUGCGCAGCGCCUGGCCUUCAGGCUCUGGGUUUGCAGAGUCUCUACAGGGGAAGCUGCUGCAUAUUGAGCGCAUUAUUGUUGCUUAUAUCUCUCCCUCAGGUAAUAUUGCUGUUGCCCCUACCUCAGAGCUAGCAGAGAGUCUCCUCAAUGUGGCUUAUCUCUUCGGUACGGCCCGCUACAGAUCUGCGCUGCGCAGGGCUGCUGCAGCAAGUGCUGCUGCAACAGCAACAUCAGCAGCAGCAGCAGCAACGGCGACAACGGCAGACAAAGAUGCAGCAGAAUCUCCAGAUACAAACGGAGCAGAAACGCACAGCAGCAAAGGGCAGCAGCAGCAGCAGCAGCAGCACGAAGCCGUACCCUCAACGAAGACAGACGGGCCUCAGGCAACAGCACCCAAUGCAGGUGCAGCAGCAGCAGCAGCAGCAGCAGCAACAGGGGCAGGGGACUUUGCGCAUGCAAAUCCAUUUGCUGCUGCUCUGAUAUGCCGGGGUGCAGCUCCUGCUGUUGCAGAGUCUGCUGCUUUGUCGCUGCGCGUUAGUGGCAGCAGCCGCGUUGAUGUGUCUCGGCAGGUAGCCCAGCUGUUUGUUCGGUUAGCUUUGCUCGACAGGAAUAUAAGUUUGCUGUUUAAGCCCUCAACAGUAGCAGCAGCAGCAGCACAGCUAGCAAUGUUUCACUCUGGGGGUUCUUCUUCUUUCCCUGUGGAGCUUCAGGAAGCGCUGGGUGCUGCUGCUGCUGCUGUUGUUGCAACAGGGGGCAGCGCCUCCUUCCGUCUUGUGCGUAGAUGCCAGUUCUUAAUGCUGCAGAAGUGGCUGAGUGUUAAACGUAUCUUGCUGCAGCGCAGCACAGCCCCCGCGGGAGCAGCACCUGCAGGAGACUGUCUCCCUGAGCGCCUGAUAGCGGAUUGGGUGCAGCAUAGCUUAGUGCAGCCACAUCAUAGACAAGUGCUGCUAGCAGUGCAGCAAAAUGCAAACAGUCUCGUUCGCUGUCAGGCUCUAGCGAGGCAGCAGCAGCUUGCGCAGGAGGAGGCGGCUAAAGGCAAACUCAUCCAGAAAGACGCAGCAGCAGCAGCAGCAGCAGCAGGAGCGGGGGGUCAAGCAGGCCCACACACCCAGUGGCCCCACAACCUCAAACACAAACCCCACACAGAAAAAGAUGGAGGGGGCCAGCAGCAACUGCAGCAGCAGCAGCAAUUGCAGCAGCAGCAGCAGCAGGCUGUGCAUGUUCAGUAG